UUCUAUAGGCAUUUAACUCUGGGAUACUUUGUGAUUAAUCUGCGUAUUGGAUCUAAGCUCUUUUUUGACAUUUAUCAGACUUAUAUUGUCUUUUUGUUUAAUAAAAACAAUGCAUUUAUUAAGAAAUAUCAGGGGUUUAACUAUUUAGGAAUCUCUAGGUGCUAAUUAUGGUACUGUUAACUCGUCUGAUAUUUUGCUGUGUCAAGCACUUCUCUUAUUUUUGAUUAUUCGCGUGUUUUUGAACUCAGUUGAGGAAAGUCUAACAUAUUUUGUAUGAGUUAAAUUGAUACUUUAUGUGACAGAAUGUGUUUUAUUACAACUGUGAAAUAGAUACUGGUAGAUGUAUCAAAAAUGUGAUUUAACCUACCAACAAAUAUUCGCUAUUGUUUCAAAAAAUGAAAAGGACUUUACUAAAUAAUAUUUUUACUUUUCGAAAACAGUGAAAGAGACUAUAGACAAAAACCAACAAUGACAAUAAUCGCGGUAACAGGUCUUGUUACCUUCAAAAAGUUACUAAGUAGUACCACGGAUGAUUGGGUCGACAAAAUGAACCACGUGUACACCGUGACAAUACUGAUCAUCCUCGCAACAGUGAUCACAACUAACCAAUUUGUAGGGGACCCAAUCUUCUGCUGGGUCCCGGCGGAGUUUACAAGCUCGUAUGAAGCGUACACAAAGUGGUACUGCUGGAUAAAGAACACAUAUUUUGUCCCAAUUAGUGAUACUAUACCGACUGACGUCAAUGUCCGAUCGAAUGCUGAGCUUACCUACUACCAGUGGGUUCCACUUAUCCUUACCUUCAUGGCUUUCAUGUUCAAGUUUCCCAACCUACUCUGGAAGAUGAUGAACACCCACACUGGCCUCAACCUUAUCAAGAUGGUUUCCAUCGCUGAAAAGACCAUGUUGUCAUCCAAAGACGAAAGGAAUGAGCAUAUAAAACAUAUGGCAAUUUUCCUUAAUAUGUGGUUCCGGUCGCAUCAUUAUUAUCAGCAUAACUUUGUGACACGUGCAAAAUCACGGGUUUCUCGUGUACUUUGUUUUGUAUGUAAUAAAAGAGAAGGAAAGUAUCUAACAGCUUUAUAUUUUAAUAUCAAAGCAAUGUAUGUAGCAAAUGUAAUAGGACAAUUUUAUCUCCUAAAUGGAUUUCUUGGAAUGGACUAUAACUCGCUUGGAUAUAAUGUCCUAGACGGUAUUACAGAAUCGGAGAAUUGGCGGGAAAGUCCACGAUUCCCUCGAGUAACAUUAUGUGACUUCAGAAUUCGCCAAUUGCAAAAUAUCCAAAGGUUCACUGUCCAGUGUGUGCUUCCCAUCAAUCUCUUCAACGAGAAGGUCUUCAUCUUUCUCUGGUUCUGGUAUUUCUUUAUCGCCGUCUUGUCAUGUAUUAACCUCUUUAGGUGGUUCCUGCUGCUUGUGAUGAGGAAAAACAAUUAUAUGUUCAUCAGAAAGUACCUGAAGUUGUCUAUAACCGGAGACGAUAAAGUGAUGACAGCCGGAGAAAAGAAACUAUGUCGGAGAUUUGCAGAAUAUUAUCUUAGAGAUGACGGGUGUUUUGUGCUUAGAAUACUUGCCCUGAACUCCUCCGAUGUUAUAGUCGCUGAUCUUAUUGAACAGCUCUGGGAAAUGUUCAAGGAACAGAAAGACAGAGAACUGAGAAGAAAAUCACAGGAGAAACAAGAGGAAGUGGAUGAGUACCCGGAUAUGCCGUAUAUUGAUCAAGAAACUGACGAUCAAUGAUGUUACAUGUUAACAUAUGAGUGCUUGUCUUCGAUUGGUUGAAAACUGUCACGUGUCGCGGAAUAUUAUUAACUUGAACUCAAGAUAUUCUAGUCAAUAUCACAUCUAAAUGAGCAAUUUCAUUGAGAACAUAUUACAUCAACGAGUUUAGAUGUCGGCAUACUAUGCACAAUUGUCGUUACGUCAUUGUAUGGCGUCUUUACAUCCCUUAACGACGUUCUUUCUAGUGACGUCAUAUUACGGUUAUGUAGUAAUGAUGUUUUCUUAUGUUAUAACAUCUGUAGAAUCCCGGGGGAUUGGUUGUUUCCAAGACCGAUGGGGUAAGAAUAACAACGUAUCCCCGGAGGGAUUCUGCAGAUGUUAUAACCCAAAACGAACAUAUGUUAAAGCUAUUCAAGCACAAAACGUGUAAAGAGCUAACAAAUGAAAAUAUUGUACAUCAACUUCAUUUAAAGUUUAUGAAAUGAACGGCAAUUUCAUCGUUGUUAGGUCACGUUGGCGUCAUUUCCUUUUGCAUUUUCCGUUAUUUGGUCACAGAACACGCAUAUGUAAGGCGUGUUAACAGCGCGUGUGUGCGAGAAUCUCUCUGUUAACACAGCUCAUUCUCCUGUUAAACAUCCCCACCCCACGGCAAAAUAGCAGUUUAAUGGCGGAAUGUACUAUGAUAUUUUUUCUGUAACGUCAAUAUACCAAGUAAACCUAACAUUACGUCAUAUCCUUGAUGUCAUAUAAUUGAAUGCUUUGUAACGUCAUUUCUUUUAUGCCGGUAUAUCUCACGGCGUCGGUUUUGUGACGUUGUCUUUAACGCUGUCUCUAACAAUCUCAAAUCAAGUCAGCAAAUCAUGUAUUGUUAUUGUAUUUAUGUCAUUUUGAUAAUGGAACAUACAAUCGUUUCAAUGGUAUCUUCAUAUAACGUAAAAUAUUUAUGACGUCAUUUCCGUUUCGAAUCUCAAAUCACAUCAAUACCAUAUUUGCUAAAUAAAUGCUUACUUACUGUAACACGGAAUAACAUACAGAUAAGUGAGUUAUUUAGUUACUAGUAGGAUGUUUUUCUAGCACCGUAACAUUAAGCGAAGCGGAUAAGACGUUGUAAAGAAUUCGUCAAUUUAGUCUCAGGAAACAAACUUGAGAUUUAGUUGACUCACCUGUACAUUCUGGAGAAUUUAAAAUGUUUAAAUAACGAAAGUACAAGGCCUUUUAGUUCUUUUAAGCACGUAUUAAACUUAAAUUAGCAAGUGAUCAUGCACUCUUACAAAGUUCACUCAGUGCAUACACUGCGCGUGAGACGUUAAAUAGGAAGUUACAAAUACUGGUUGCGUGAUGUCACUAUAUAAAUAUCAUAUGGCAGCGUGUGUGACAUUGAUAUUGUCAACGCGAGGGCAGAAUGUCACCGGAGGCGAAAGCCGAGUGGUGACAUUCUGUUUCGAGGGUUGAUAAUAUCAAUGUCACACACGCUGCCAUAUGAUAUUUAUUUAAUUAUACCGAACAAAAGUAAGUACAUAAAAGUAAGUAGGCCUACAUAAAUGAUAUUAUUAUACCUCACUUUUGUCUACAAUAGUAAACUCCCAUUACCCGAAAAGGAGAUAUUUUGACUAUCAGAAACCUUUUCAACCUUUUUGACACGUGACCAAGCGAAAGUGACUGUCAGGUCAUGUGACAGCGCUGAUAUUUUGAAUGUCAUAUAAGGGCA